AUGUACUCAGCUUCCGCACUCGAGUGCGACACCGUAGGUUGCUUUUUUGAUGUCCAUGAAAUGCAAUUUGAGCCAAGAAAUAUGCAGAACCCAGUUGUGCUUCGUCUAGUAAUUGGACAUCAGGCCAAAUGUGCAUCACAAAAGGCAUUAAGGGGUUUUAAGAAGGUUGACCCAGACCGAUGGGAAUUUGCGAAUGAGGGGUUUCUAAGAGGCCAAAAGCACCUUUUGAAGACUAUAAACAGGCGGAAAACAACUCAGACACAAAAUGGUCAACAAGCACAGGCUCCAAGUUCGAAAGUUGGGGCAUGCGUAGAAGUUGGAAAUUUUGGUUUGGAGGAGGAGGUUGAUAGACUUAAACGGGACAAGAAUGUUCUUAUGCAGGAACUUGUUAGGUUGAGGCAGCAACAGCAAGGUACAGAUCAUCAAUUGCAAAAUGUGGGGCAGCGGGUUCAGGUGAUGGAGCAGCGGCAGCAGCAAAUGAUGUCAUUCCUCGCAAAGGCUAUGCAUAGACCUGGCUUCUUAGCACAGUUUGUACAGCAGAAAAAUGAAAGUAGCAGGCACAUCUCUGGAGGCAAUAAGAAAAGGAGACUUCCAAGACAAGAAGAAGAAAAUUUGGCUAGUGAGCAUUGGAUUAAUGCUCCUGAUGGACAAAUUGUCAAGUUCCAGCCUUCAAUGAAUGAGGCAGCAAAAGCAAUGUUCCGACAGAUUUUGAAGAUGAAUGCAUCUCCCAGGCGGGAAGCAUCGUUAAACAAUCCUGAUGCUUUCCUGAUUGACAAUGUUCCUUCUGCCAAUGCAUUAGACAGCGAGAGUGCCUAUAGUCGUUUCUCUGAAGUGAUCCCUUCGGAGGUUCCGCAAAAUUCUGGCAAGUCCUUUGCACAAGGGGAGUCUGGAUUUCCUGCCAAUUUUCCAUCUAAAGCCAUUUCUGAGAUUCAGUCUUCCCCUCGGGUGGUUAGCAAUUAUGUUCAAGCUGCUCAGUUCUCAGAAGCUAAGUUACAGAGUUCUCAGGAAGAAAGGGUUAUGCCCGACUUCGUUCAGACACAUGAACCUCAGCCUCAAAGCACUGAAGAACUUCCUGGUGAGAGCUUUGUAAACACUGGGACCAGUAAUGCAGAAUGCAUGGAUAUGUCGGGGGUUUUGGAUGCGGAGAUGGUUACUGAAACUGAUCCUUCUUUUUCUAGUCCCUGUGAUGCGGACAUCGGACCGGAUGGAGUUCAUAAACUCCCGGCAAUUAAUGAUUCUUUCUGGGAACAAUUCUUUUUAGGAGACGACACAGAUGAGACGAAUUCUAGUUCUGUGGAUGGUGGAAUGACACAAGAUGAGGACUUUCAAUUAGGGCAAGAGAAUGGAUGGGACCAUCUUCAACAUAUGAGUAAUAUCACUGAAGGGAUUGGACUUCUGGCAUCCGAAUGUAGAAGGGGCUGACCUCGUCUUUCCAAUUGUACAUACGUCUUUCAUGCCAGCUAGAGAAGUUGAUGUUGGCUGUGCUGAGCAUGCAACCUUUUCUUCAAAGAGUGUGCCCUGUUGUGAUUGAAGUUUGAGAUAACCCUCUUGUUUCCCUUUUUCUGUACUAUAUGAUAUUGCUUUAUCCCUUCGUAUGCAAGGAUUGUUUUGUGGAUGCCGAAGCUUUGUUAUUACUAUGAAAUAUUCGUAUCCUUUCAUGGACCAAAGUUAUAUAAAGGCUGUUGUAGUAGGCCUUUAAUAAUUGCUGGAAUCUUCCGCAAAAGAAACUCGUCUUUCUCUUUCGUAGUUUUUUCUAUGUAAUAUGUCAAGAGUGGAGAAGAUAAUGGAUUUGAUUCA